AUGAGUCAGACUCCAGCUCUCAACUCAAACAAGAAGGGGCAGCACCUCUCCGUGGACUUUGAGAAGCUACCACGUGGUCGUGCAUCUUCCGUCUCAGCACAAACCAUCGUAGCCGAAAACCCAGAAUUCGAAGCCAGAAAAGCAGCCAUCAAGCGACGCCAAACGCAUGUUGCCGUGGUGGAAGUAUCGUGGUGGCAGUGCUUCAAGGCCGCGCUAUUCGGUCCAAAGAACUUGAAGAGGGAAUUGGCGGCCACUGUCGAAAUCGCCGAAGUAGAAGACACCCAUGCAGAGUACUUCGAUGAAAGAGAUAACUGGUACACACUCACAGUAUCUGCUUACAAACGCGAUGGCGGCAGCUUUGCUCCAGCGCGAUGCGUCCUCGACACCGGCAAUACCCAAGGCAACUUUAUCUCUAUGGAUCUUGCGCGUCGUCUUGGCUUCGCCGAAUCCGACAUUCAGCCUUUGACACCAAGGGAAGGCAAUGGUGGCAUGGUUGCCACUGGUGAAGUACACAAAGUGUUGGGGUUCGUUCGUGUAUCGUGGUUCUCGCAGACCAGCCCGAGAGUGUUCAACCAAAUGCGCUUCUUGGUAUCAGAGACAGCGCCUGUUGAUCUUGUGAUCGGCACACGGUCCAUCCAGAAGGAGAAAUUGCUCAACCCUCCGAAUCUGAUGAAUGCAGACAAUAAGUUUGUAGUCGUGGACAAAGACGACGAUCCGAUCAGCGAAUCCCUCGUUAGCAACAUUGCAAAGCUCGAAACUGUUGUCCUGCAAGCUGAGACGGUGAUCAAAGAUACAAAAGAGGGCACCAAAGAGCGUGUCGCCGCAGACAAGGCGUUGAAGAAGGCCAAAAAAGAAUUGAAGAGAGCUAAUCUGAAGAAAGCCUUGAACGAUGUAAAGCUUGGCCUGAAGAAGCAGAAUACGGAGAGGACGCAGAGGGCCUUGAUGGAGAAGAAGAAAGGCCUGGAAGCGAAGCUGGAAGGCAAAAAGAAGAAAGAGAGCUAG